GCUGCCGGCGGCGGCGCUUACUGAAGGCGGCGAGCCUCACGUAGCAGCCUCUUGUGUGGUGACGUCCCGCGCUGCCCAUCAUGUCCCUAAGAAGCAGCCUCUCGCGUUUCCUCCGGACUCAAGUGCAUUUCGCCCUGAAAAAGUCCGUCCACUCCGUGGCUGUGAUAGGAGCCCCAUUCUCACAGGGACAGAAAAGAAAAGGAGUGGAAUAUGGUCCUGCUGCUAUAAGAGAAGCUGGCUUAAUGAAAAGGCUCUCCAAUUUGGGCUGCCGCCUAAAAGACUUUGGAGAUUUGAGUUUCACUCCAGUACCUAAAGAUGAUCUCUACAACAACCUGAUAGUGAAUCCCCGCUCAGUGGGCCGUGCCAACCAGGAAAUGGCUGAGGUAGUUAGUAGAGCCGUGUCAGGUGGCUACAGCUGUGUCACACUAGGAGGAGACCACAGCCUGGCGAUUGGUACCAUUAUUGGACACGCCCGGCAUUUCCCAGACCUUUGUGUGAUCUGGGUUGAUGCCCAUGCUGACAUCCAUACACCACUCACCACUUCAUCUGGAAAUCUCCAUGGACAGCCAGUUUCAUUUCUCCUCAGAGAACUACAGGACAAGGUACCACAGCUCCCAGGAUUUUCCUGGAUCAAACCUUGUAUUUCUUCCCCAAGUAUUGUGUAUAUUGGUCUAAGAGAUGUGGACCCUCCUGAACAUUUUAUUUUAAAGAAUUAUGAUAUCCAGUAUUUUUCCAUGAGAGACAUAGAUCGACUUGGUAUCCAGAAGGUCAUGGAACAGACAUUUGAUCUGCUGAUUGGCAAAAGACAAAGGCCAAUCCAUCUGAGUUUUGAUAUUGAUGCGUUUGACCCUUCACUGGCUCCGGCCACAGGAACGCCUGUUGUAGGGGGACUGACCUAUCGAGAAGGCAUGUAUAUUACUGAGGAAAUACACAAUACAGGAUUGCUGUCAGCACUGGAUCUUGUUGAAGUCAACCCUCUGUUGGCUGCUUCAGAGGAAGAAGCCAAGGCUACAGCUGGCCUGGCAGUGGAUGUGAUUGCUUCAAGUUUUGGUCAGACAAGGGAAGGAGGGCAUAAUGUCUAUGACCAGCUUCCUACUCCUAGUUCACCAGAUGAAUCAGAAAAUAAAGAGCGUGUGAGAAUUUAGGAAAUACUGUGUGCUGACACAUGUUCAUCACAAUGGGCAUUCCAGAGUUGUGAGAUGUUUGAGGGGACAGGUACUUCAUGGCCAUCUGUGUCGAUACUGCCUUAAUGAGAACAUUUACACAUUCUCACAAUUGUAAAGUUUCCUUUCUCUCUCCAUUUUGGUGACCACUACUACUACUGUAAAUGUAUUUGUUUUUUUGCAGUUCACAGGUUGUCACUAUGUUGGAGUACUAUGUAAAUUUAAAGAAGUCAUAAACAGCAUUUAUUACCUUGGUAUAUCA